GCGAGUGGGCGCGCCGGUGCGGCAAGCGCGCUCUUCAGUGUUCUGGCUGAGCUUCAAGCGAACGCGUGCGAGAUCAGUGUCGUCCGUCACGUAGGUGCUCCAUACCUUAUCAGAGUAGAGCACAAGCCGCUCGGAGUCUCUGGAACUGUUGAUAACGAUUGGUGAACUGUAUUGAGUGUCUCUGCUGGUGCUGCAUGCACAACUCGCAGAGAGCUCGUGACUGUAAGGUGGCCCGACCAUGUUGAUAUCGGCGGGCAGUGGCCCCACGCCCGAGUUUUCCCCUGCGUCGUGCUGCGCCUCCUGGAAAAUGGAGCCGGCGCCACCUGCGCCCGCGGCCAUCACACAACCGCUAAACAUAUCGCCCAACGUGCCGGUGUCGCCGUCGUCGUCAGCGGGAGGCGCGGGCGGGGGUUCCGGGACCCCCCUAUACCCCGGAGCUGCUUCGCAUCCCCUUUCUUCCCUUCUAUCGCAACAGAGGCUCCUAGAAUUAUCCCGCUUCGGGCUGAGGCAUUACGACAUCGCGCACCAUGUGCUGUCGCAGCAAGGUGCUGUAACUAAAUUGCUUGGUACGCUACGACCGCCUGGUCUCAUCGGUGGCAGCAAACCAAAAGUGGCGACGCCAGCGGUAGUAUCAAAAAUAGAACAAUAUAAAAGAGAAAACCCAACAAUCUUCGCGUGGGAGAUCCGCGAGAGGCUGAUCUCAGAAGGUGUGUGCACAAACGCCACGGCCCCCAGCGUGUCGUCCAUAAAUAGAAUAUUAAGAAACCGGGCUGCGGAGCGAGCUGCAGCUGAGUUCGCCAGAGCUGCAGGUUACGGGCUGUAUGCCGCACCACCGCCGUACGGUGCGUUCCCCUGGGCCGGAGGCGGAGGAGUCUGGCCUCCUGGCACUCUUCCUCUGGGUCCAGGCGUGCCAGGCCCCCCUACUGGAGUUCCACAUCCAGAUGCUGUCCAACAAGGAUUUUUGUCUUCUGGACGUGGAUUAAUAGAUGUCGAUGGCGAUGACUCCGGUUCUUUAGACGGUGAACAACCUAAAUUUAGACGGAAUCGCACAACUUUUAGCCAAGAUCAACUUGAAGAAUUAGAAAAAGAAUUCGAGAAAUCUCAUUACCCCUGCGUAUCCACCAGAGAAAGACUUGCUUCUAAAACAUCCCUUUCAGAGGCUAGAGUUCAGGUUUGGUUUUCCAACAGACGAGCCAAGUGGAGACGCCACCAGCGCAUGAACCUCCUGAAGCGCGGUGGCGGCUCGCCCCCGCACCGCCUCCCGCACUCCCCCUCCCGAUCCCGUUCGCGUUCUUUGUCCCCCGCGCGCGUCCCUUACCACACUCCACAAAUGGGCGGCGAGAAUAGCGCGUUCAAGUCGCUCUCGCAUCAAGACACAAGUGCCCUGAAAGCUCUCUCACAUCAAGCUCAGUUUGAUACAAACGCACUGAAAAUGUUGUCACAGCAGACUAAUUACGAAGGCGGGGCGUUUAAACCUCAUCCCGCUUUGGAAAACAGCGCGUUCAAAGCACUCGUGCCACAUUCCGCCGCCGCGGCUUUAUUGGCGGCGCAGUCGAUACAGUUGGCUCGGGGAUACGAAUCGCAUUCCGAUUCAGAUGAGGAGAUAAAUGUCCAUGACGAAAGCGAUGAUGAUGAAGAGAAGAAGAAGAAUAGUACGAGGUCUAAAUCGGCGAGUCCGUGUCGGCAGCGGCCGGCGGCGUCCAAUGAUCUGCCGCUGCAGCUCACCAAGCACGACCGUUGACACAAUCGCUAUAAUUUAUUUACCGAUUUAAGUAUUAUCGAACAUAUCAAAUACCCUUGUUCCGAAUGUAUACAUUAAUAUUCUAGAGAGCAUAAACUCUAGAUAAUUCUUGUAAAUUAAUGUAGAUAUGUAGAUAUCGUUAAUUAUAGUGGCAAAUAGAGAUGAAUUUAAUAGAUUUUGCACAAAACAUUUUAUUUAUAACGUAAGUUAACAAUUUGUACCUAUUUGUCUACUUUAAGUUAUUUAAUAUUUAAACACACCCAUGUUUGUACAUUGCUAGAGGCAGAUGUAAAUGUCUAUUAUUAAUUGGUGUUUAGCAGACUUGGGAAAUUGUUGAUGUAUUGAGGAGAAAAUACCAAAGUAUUUCUAUAUUUCAUGUUAAAGUACGGUUUCAGGGAAAUAAAGUUCCUAAUACUUUUAACUUAACAAGAUCAGCUUAAGAUUUGUUUGCAUAUUUAUCUCUAAAGUAAUAUUAUCUAUUGUUCGUGUAUUAUAGAUAAAUAUCAAUCAUCUAUACGUUCUACUUAUUGUAUUUACAUACCCAUUGGCAUUGUAUUAAGAUUUAAGGGGUCAUUAAAAUUCCUAUCCUUAUUAUUUAAGUAUGAGCUCAUAAUAUGUAAAUAUUGUUGAAUGUCUUGAGCUAAAGGUACUAUUUAUUGUUUAAUUUAGUUAAUGUACAGUGUAGCAGAUUUACGAAAAUAUAAAAAAUUAAAACAUGA